AUGUUGCCUCCGCGUGCCUACAUCUUCAUCGGACUCAAUGUCAUCCGCGUAUUGAGUAUCAUCGGGCUCAUCCUGGUGUUCUCGAGUAGUAUCCUUGUAAUGGUCGACGACAUCAAAGCCGUUAACCGGUUUGUGUCUGCCGCACAAACCACAGGAUCCAACUCAACUGUGACGGAUAGUAUGUUGGACUGCGAUUACAUCGAGGGAAGCACGGUGCCCAACCAGCCUGCAGGUGUAUUCUGGGCAGUCGUCAAUCGCCUCAUGAUUAUCUUCCAAGUCGUCAUCCUCUUCCUCUCCGAAAUCGGCUGGCCGUACAAAUUCUUCGAUCGAUUCUUCCCUGUCCUCGGAACGAACUUUGGACUGGGUGCUAUUGGGUUAUUCCAGUGCUUCAUUGGCGCCGCAGUGCUCUCCCAUCAUGUAGACGACUUCGCACUCGUCUCGGCAUUUUUCUUGUUCGCGAUUGGAUGCCUUAAUAUCUUGAUCGGAUUGAUCUUCCGCGAGAAAGGCAAAGCCAAACGCUCGAUCACAAGCUGGCGGGCCGAGAAGAAGAAAGGUAUCCUCCCGAUGGUCACAGAUAGAAUAGGCGAACGCGCCGGCCCGCUUCGACCCAUGUUCACAGGCCAACCACCGUCCUUCCUGAGCAAUCACCUUACGGGCAACUCGCACCCGGAUAACUCUAGUGAGAUCACGCUUACUGACGAAAAGCGUGGCUAUGGCUGGGGUAGACAAGCAGAGAAGAAACUUGCUGGUGCUAAGGGUAUUUUGAUUUCAAAACCGGUAGAAGCGCUCCCGCCAUAUGGCCCC